AGAGGCUCGGGGGCAGCUGUCCUCUCUGCCCGGGGUUUCGGGGUCCGGCCUCGGAUACUGCUCCAUGUGGCCGCGGUGGGUGGACGGUGGGUCGGACGGUCCAUCCUGCUGCCUGUUGUUCAGCCGCUCCGCCAAUGAGAGGCCGGCUGCCGCUCAGUCCCGGUCCAAUGAGAGCGGCCGGGUCUGGACUCGGAUCGGGAGUUGGGUUGUUCAAUCUGAGCGGAGGACAACAAGCAGCUCGCCCCGAGUGAACCGGAUGGAUGUUAGCGAUGAACUUUCCCGUCGUGGCUGGUGGUGACUGUGGUCAUGGGUGAUGAAGCAGAAUAAUGCUGUUGAGUUUUCUACAGAAACCUGAUCAAGCAAGCUACAUUUACAAAUGAGUGGCUGCUUGGCUUCAGGACGUGUGUCCUAUCACUGAGGCCACAUGUGUAUCUGGAGAGAUGGAUCGUUGUAAGCACGUGGGACGCCUUCGUCUGAGCCAGGAUCACUCCAUCCUCAAUCCACAGAAAUGGCACUGUGUGGACUGCAGCACCACAGAUUCAGUGUGGGCCUGCCUCAAGUGCUCCCACGUGGCCUGUGGACGCUUCAUGGAGGAGCACUCGCUCAAACACUUUCAGGAGUCACAACACCCACUGGCCAUGGAGGUACGUGAGCUGGAUGUCUUCUGCUUUGCCUGUGGAGACUAUGUACUCAAUGAUAACGCAGAAGGAGACCUCAAGCUCCUCAGAGGGGCACUCUCUACUGUCCGGAGCCCAGGUAGACGCUCGCUCCGUUCCUCGACUGGCGGUGAGUGCACCACCUGGGUUAGGGAAGGUGGGCCACAGCCUGCCAUGCAGCUGGCCCUGCGUCACAGGAGGAAAGCACUGCUUGGAAAGAUGUUCCGGAUGUGGAUCAGCAAAAAUCAGGAGCUGCAGAAUCAACGCGAGGAGAAACUGGAAGAAGCUAGGAGACAAAAGAAAGAGGUCAAAAGGAGACUCAUGGAAGAGCUUGGCAAUGUACCUCCCAGAAAGAGUGCCAGGCUUCUUACUCAGGCGCCACGUUCAAUGAUCACACUCAUUCCACGCAAAUUCCGCGACCCUCCAGAACGGCUACCUCCUCCCCCAAAGAAGCCUUCCAUUCUAACCCUGUCCCGCAAGGCUCCUCAGAAUGGCAGAGCUGCCAAACUGAGGAGAUACUACUCCACACAUGCGGUAACCCGUCGGAGACCUGCCCCAGGAGUCACUGGUCUGCGCAACUUGGGGAACACGUGCUAUAUGAACUCAAUAUUGCAAGUGCUGAGCCACCUGCAGAAAUUCAGGGAGUGUUUUCUUACUUUGGACCUGUGUGAGACUGAGGAGCUGCUGGCAAAGACCAAUAACUCCCAGGGGGUGAAGGGGGUCACAGGAGGAGGUGUGGUCAGCAGUGUGAACACAGAGCCGCCAGGAUGCCCCCUUGGACGCAUGGGGAAGGCAGACAGUUUGAAUUUGCCUGUGGGCGAUAAAGAAAGCGCUCCACCUUCCCCGCGGGCCGCAGAGUUGGUCCAGCCCAAAGAGCCUCGGUGCUCCACCCGCCAGCAGAUGUCUCUGUGCCAUGAGUUGCAUACACUUUUCAGGGUCAUGUGGUCAGGCCGGUGGUCUCUGGUAUCUCCCUUCGCCAUGCUGCACUCCGUGUGGAACCUCAUCCCAGCUUUCCGGGGGUAUGACCAGCAGGACGCCCAGGAGUUCCUGUGUGAGCUGCUGGACAAGGUGCAGCAGGAGCUGGACACAGAGGGGUCCAAACGUAGGAUAGUUAUUCCCAUCAACAAGAGGAAACUGUCCAAGCAAGUGCUAAAGGUCCUGAACACCAUCUUUCAUGGGCAGCUUCUCAGCCAGGUGACGUGUCUGUCCUGUAAGCACAAGUCCAACACAGUUGAGCCAUUCUGGGAUCUGUCUUUGGAAUUUCCAGAGCGAUAUCACAGCGUAGACAAAGGCUCAGGCUCGACAGCUUACCAGCGCAGCUGCACCCUCACUGAGAUGCUGUCCAAGUUUACAGAGAUGGAGGCUCUUGAAGGCAGCAUCUACGCCUGCAACCACUGCAACAAAAGAAGAAGGAAAUCAUCCCGCAAACCCAUAGUUCUGUCAGAGGCACGUAAGCAGCUUCUGAUCUACCGCUUACCUCAGGUUCUACGGCUGCACCUCAAACGCUUCAGAUGGUCAGGGCGGAACCAUAGGGAGAAAAUCGGCGUCCAUGUGGCCUUCGACCAGGUUCUGAACAUCAAACCAUACUGCUGCACCGGCUCAGGUCACUCCGUCCACAGAGGAGGUUACACCUACGAUCUGUCUGCUGUAGUCAUGCAUCAUGGUAAAGGCUUCGGCUCAGGGCACUACACCGCAUACUGCUACAACACAGAAGGAGGUUUUUGGGUCCACUGCAAUGACUCUGAGAUGAAGGUUUGCAGUGUGGAGGAAGUGUGCAACACUCAGGCCUAUAUUCUCUUCUAUACCCAGAGGUCUGCCUAGGUACCUCUCGCUGUGAUGUCGACCUGCACGUGGCAACUUAGGGCUGCAUUUAUGAAAAUGUCGUCCUACUCGUCCCUACUUUCCCAGUUGUCAUUUAACAAUCACCUUAAAACGACUUACUAAAAAAAGAUAGCAAUGAGGGCAGUAGGACGAACACAAUCAUGAGCCGAGGUGAAAAUGUUAGCAGCAUAAUCCACAGGAGGAAUAAUGGUACAUAUGAUAAAAUAUGAAAUGUCCCUGUAAAGAUUUGGACACUGUUUUUAUCCCUAAAAAAUAAAUCAAAAACCUUUUCAUAAAUGCAGCGACGGGUUUCUCCAACUGUGGGACCAGCAUAUUGGUUUAUGGCCUGAAGACUGUGGGAGCAGGUCCGACUCUGUCCUGCUGAACACCGAGUUGUGUGUCCGUGUUUUUAAAAACAAUCAGGCUCACGUCUGUUGAGUCUGGGAACAACCAGGCGCUCUCCUGAGACAGCAUUUUACAUCCAGAGGCAACACACUAUCUGGGGUUUAGAGCAUUUUCUCACUAUAAUGUCAAAAACGUGCAUUUUAAUUACAACUGAACAUUUGAUCUUGAUGCACUAAAAAUGAUGGGAUACAUCUGCAUAGUGCCACUUGAAUAGAGGGAAACUAAAGUCCAGACUCUGUGCUGCCUCAUGUUCAGCUUUUUUAAUUAAUGUGAAAUGUCAGUUAGGAAAAUCUUUUAAUACUCAUCAUGUCGUUUGUAUUUCACCGUGUCCUCUCCUCAAUCGUACUGCUGUGACUGGACACUGUGUCUGGGGCCCGAGGCCUCGGUGCGCGCUCUCAGUGAAACAGGAAUCGGUUUUCUUUUGUUUUAGUUUGUUUCGUAGUCAUUCUGUGUCUCGCUUCCACGGAAAACAAAAUGUAUGAGCUUCAGACACUUGAUUGAAGAUGAGCGAUGGAAAGCUGCACUUUUGAGGAGGGGCUAUCACUGUUGGUCCUAUCUUUGUGAUUGUUCAUCUUUUAGCUCCUGUAACUUCUUUACAAACGGCAGCUCCCCCCUGUGGUUUGACGGUUAGACGAGUCUGAGCCCAGGUCGGAGACACUGCGCCUGUGUUUUAACGGCAGGACCUGGAAAAUGAGUGGAGGGCGCGGGCUGAUACUGAAGAAUGUGUUUCUGGGAGGUUUGGGGGGGUAUCCUCUUUUUGAGUUGAGCACCUGAAAGCAAUAUAUUGUACAUCUUGCAUCUUGAUAGGAAAUUAAGAUCAAAUCAGGAAAUCUUCUGCUUGUUAUACAAUGUUUUUUUUCUACUCUGCUGUUUCUAUCAAGGUCUUUAGAAUUUGCUAGGUAAUCAAGAAAAACCUGUUGUGUUUGAUACGAGUCAAAUGCAAAUGACGUUUGUGAACUCUAUGUAAAAGUUGGAACAAUCUAAUGACGAUGAAUGUCUUACUUUUUAGCGGUCAGGUGAGGCCAUGCCACUGGCUCUGAUCCCCUUGAGUUCUGUCUUGUACUGUAAGAAUACCUGUCAUAAAUGUAAUGGUCAUAUGGGUUUUGCCUGACAGUAAUUAUUAAAAAAGACAAAACAAAUUUGAA